CCAAUCUGGAGCAACAUCUACAGUUAAUGAACAUCAAGUUUAUAAAUAUUAAUGCAAAUCGAAGAUCGUACACCCAUCACUAUGGCAGGCUACGUGAUCAGUUUUAUUCCAUGCUAAAGCAGGAGGAGCCACUGGAUAAAUGGUUAUGCGGACAUAAGCUAGGUGGAAGUUACGCAGAUAAGCUGAAAGUGGCCAAGCCCGAUGAGUUUGAUUUGGUAAUGCACUUGACGUUUCCAGAGAAUGACAAGAUUAUUGUAAGAAAGGACAAGAAUAAUGCUGGCCAUGUAAUUCUGGACAUGACGAAUGUGCUGAAAGUGCUGCACAAGCAACGCCAUAAUAAAGUUGCCUUCGUACAUUUAAAGAGCAUCGUGAGUCGUCAAAAUUUUCUGCUCGAGAACAAGUUGCAGGACUUGAUAAACGGCGCUGUGACGCGAGCUCUGAAUAGGAUGAAUAACCAAAUCGAAGUCGACGGAAAAAUGACGCCACUCGGCUAUAGGCGAUGUGGGCCGGCACAUACGCUGUUCAUUAAUGACGGCAAUAUGAAGUAUUCUGUGGACUUUGUGCCAGCCAUCAGGCUCAGAGCAGAGCAAAAUGUUUUAGCCCAAGAGCAUUUGAAAUACUUUCGAAAUAUCUCUCAUUGGAACGCGAUCCCGAAGCCCUCAAAGGGAUCCCAGGACGCCAAUGUGUCCUUUAGGACUUCCUACGAUGAGGCCGAAUGCGCCAUGCUGAAGGGCAGAUAUAAACUAAAGGACGUUAUCAGGUUUAUGAAAAAGUUUCGCGACUCAAAGCAAAAUAUCAGCACCCUGAAGAGCUACUACAUCAAGACCCUACUACUCUGGCAAAUAGAUGCCAGGCCAAAAAAUUAUUGGAAAACGAAACAACUCAACGAAAUAUUGAUCGAUAUGUUCAGAGAGCUGGAGAAUUGUUUGGCACCGAAUGGCAAGAAUGGAGAGCUUUUAUAUUUCUGGGACUCAAAACUGAAUUUAUUUUCAGAUUUGACAAUACAUCAACGAAACGAUAUGUUGAAUUGUAUUUCAGCUGAGAUCGCUAAACUUACCGCAGGAGCUAACAAUUUAACAGAUGCCAUUCGUCAGGAUAUAACAAACUCUCUUACCAAUCGCUUGGAGCGGUCUGUAGAAGAUAAAGAGGAGAGCGAGUAGACAACCAAAUCGAAGCUACAUCCG